UGCCGACGUCAACUGAAUCUUGUUCACCAUGACAUCGCGGCUUAAGCACAAGCUCGAGCUCGAAAACGUCAACCUCAAGAGCGCUUACCUGAACCAGUCUUUCGUUCAGAUCGGAACACCUCUCCCGGCGCUCAGCGAUCACAAGAAGGACAAGCAGGAGUUUUUGCCAGUAUGGCAGCAAGAGGCCCGUGAUGAGAAAGGACGUCGCCGCUUCCACGGCGCAUUCACGGGCGGCUGGUCCGCUGGCUACUUUAACACAGUGGGCUCGAAGGAAGGAUGGACGCCGUCAACCUUCAAGUCGUCGCGCUCAAGUCGCGCAACGUACCAGCAAAGCGCAGAAGACUUCAUGGACGAGGAGGACCGCCAGCAGAUGAAUGAGGAUCGCCAGCUGCAGAACACCGAGACCUUCCAGCCUGACGCAUUUGCGGGAGAGCGCAGUUUGGGGGACAAAAGCCUAUCUUCAGCGCUCGAGUCGCUAGUUAUACCAGCCAAGUCGUCCGUCGGCCAUUUGAUCCUGCAGAAGCUGGGAUGGCGGCCGGGGCAGGGGAUCGGGCCCCGCGUAACGCUCCGGAAGCUCAAGGUACAGGAGGGCAAGCUGGGUCGGGUUCGCGCCGGAUUAGAGGCCGAUAUGGACGACGAAGCGGAGGCAAGCAAGCACCUCUAUGCACCCCGCGAUACAAGGUUGCUGGUAUACGACUCGAAGGACGACAGGUCGGGUUUGGGAUAUGAGAAAGGACGAGGGAUGGGUGCAAUCCCACGAAAACAAUCAACAUGGGUCGCGGGAGAAGACGAUCACGACCCUUACGGCGCCGACGCCACGGACCGCACGCACUACGUUUUCGAUGACGAGGACGUAGAUGGUGACAUGAUUGUUCUGGGGCAGCCCGGCGCCUCGAAUACUGUGGCUGAUGGGGCUCGCAACGCAGCCAGUGCGGAGAGAUGGCACGAUGGGCGGCCAGUUUUGGCAGGUUUCGCGCUAGAUCCCAAGGGUGUGCCCACAGAAACUUGGUGGGCCUUUCCUGAUAUCCCGAGUGAUUGGCAGCCGAGCCCCUCUCGAGUUUGGGACGCCGUCGCGCAGACGGCACGACAACUUGAGCACAGCGCCGCCCCAAAGGAAGCUCUCCGUGGCGAACCAGGAAGGCCACUUUCGCAUGGACAGCGCGGAGUUGCUCUUGGAGAGGAACAACGCGUGUCUUCCGCCAAGUCCGUGUGGGAGUACAUAUCGGAGAAGGAUCGCGAACGAUUGCAAGCAUUUGCGGCGGCAGCCAAAACUAAAGCGGCUGCGCCACCACUGUCGCUUUCGAGGGUGGAAGAACAGGAAUUGCCACCGGAGAGGGCGACCGAGGUAGUAAUCCCACCGUUGUCCCCACGCACGGCAUCUGCUGCCUUACAAGGGUUCAUGCCGUAUUCAGACGACAGCGAGAAGCAGGAACGCUACAAGUCAUACCUGCGGUCACAGACCUACAACACCAAGACGCCAUUCCCGACGUUGCUUCCAUCGGCAAGUGUCAAUGACAUCAACCAGGAGCUCGAGACAUUCUCGCAGUCGGCGCGCGUCUUUCGUCCGAUGUCGUACGCUUUAUCGUCACGGUUCACUUCUGGCAGCUCGUCACUCGCGAGCAGCGAUUCCAAAGUCCCCCGGCCCGGACUGCACCUCUACGAUCCUUCCAAUGCGUCGGAUGAAUUCUCUAAGCCUCAGAGCACGGAGAUCGAAAUACAGCAGAGCCUCACUCCACGGCAGCAAGCGGCACAGGAUGGCAACUACGGACCGCUAACGCGCGUUGUCAAAGACUUCUAUCCUGUUAAGCUGGUCUGCCGCCGCUUCCACGUUCCCGACCCUCACCCCGAAGGUCCGCCUCCUGGCGAAAAGAGCGGGACAGCUACUCCGACCACCUUGCAGAGUGCUGAGCCACUGUCGUUCGAGUCGCAGUUUACACACCAGGCUGGGACGGAGGUGGAGACCAGGUCUGAGGCCCCGUCUGCGGAGGAGGGAGAACGGGUGCCCACCACCUUGGGUGAAGUCGGGAUGGCGGAUGAUGUGAACCAAGGCCGUGAUAUCCUCACAUAUACCAAGCCUAGCAUCGACAUUUUCAAGGCGAUUUUUGCCAGUGAUGACGAGGAAGACGACGACGACGAGCCUGCUGCGACCACCGCGGUGGUGGUAUUGGAAGAGAAGCCCGAGGACCCCUUCCCUGUCGAAGAGGGGCCGCUCGAUUACAACACGUUCAAGCCCAUGUUCCGUCGCAACGCGGACGAGAGGAAGGAGGAGGUUGGAAAGAGGAAGAAGGACAAGAAAAAAAAGCGAAAGGGGGUUCUUUCCUUUGAUGUGGGCGACGAGGGAGAGGAGACGGCCUCGUUCAAGCCAAAGAAGAAGGUAAAGCCGUCGCGCGCGGAGGAUGAUGCCGGCGGUGAGUGGGUGGAGAAGGUCGCUCCGGGCCAGCAAACCGCUCCUAUCCUCGGAAGUUCAUCCGUCGCCGUCCAAGAGGCUGCCUUGACAAAGUCCGAGCAGCCAGAUCAUCGUCCCCGCAAGUCCUCACCCGCGCGAGGUGGUCGAAAGGGGGCGGCAGAUUUCAUGUAGCUUGUAGUUUUGUCAUUCAUCAUGUUGCCACCC